UGGGACCCUUGCAUGAUUUCCACUACCCCUUCCAUUGAUAUCAUCAGAACCAAGUACCGAGCUCACCUAUAUUGAGCGUGUCUCUCCAAAGCUUAAGAAUUUAAGCAAUCGGUCAUGGGCUGUUCAUUCAUAUGUUGACGUUGCGCCGGUACGCACCAUGUGACGUGUGUCCUGUGGUCCAAUCAGUAUGUCGCGUACCAAACAGAGCACUUUGCUGACAUACUCCAGUCGUUCCGUAGUAUAGGCUACGUGCUUCUUCCAUAAUGCCACGAAAGCCUUUCCUGCGAUUGAGGCGUUUUCGUCAUCAUCUAACUCAAAAGCUCUUUGGCCGCUCCGACACAUUCACAAACCAUUUGAGGGUUUUCUUAGGCUACGAUCGUCGACCAGAAAGCAUGUGGAACAUUCAAAAGUUGCUAUCGGGGCGACCCAGCCGGCUACCUGAACAUUUUGGUCGAAAAGCUCGUAUACCCGACCUUUUUGAUCGGAGAGAUCAAGUUUACCUGGCGCUUGAGGCCCAGCGGUUGCAAUGGCAUAUGCCCCCACCGUAUGCCUAUCAUGAUCUGCUUGACGCUGCGGCGAGAGUGGGCCGUAUUGAAGGCAUUAUGGGAUACAAAUUCAAAGACAAGAUGAUUUGCAUCGAAGCGCUCAAGACCACUUCGGCGGCUACACCGCUUUAUUUCAAAGGGGUGGUUCAUCAUAUAGACAAAAACAACCGCAUGGCACUGCUAGGUGAUCGAGUUCUCUCUUUAGCUCUAUGCGAUGUUUGGUUCCAGACAGGAAAUACUCCUGCGGAAUAUACUUUGAUGCAGCCGGAUAUAGAAAGCAGAGUUGGUUUGAGCAAGAAAGGAUACGCACUCGGUAUACACGACAACCUGCUGCUUCACGAUUGGCAACCUAGCACAUUCAAUCAUGUUGCUGAGGCGUUUGAAGCUGUUCUUGGUGCUAUCUACUUGGAUUCUGGAAACAACAUAGAAACCGUUAAGGAAGUUGUCACCGGAAUCAAGCUCGACAGUCACAAGAUGUUGGAAGAGCAGGUUACAGCCCAGGAUCGACUGGACAGUAAAAGGCUUGCGGCGCUACAGUACUCUAAUUAUAUGUCGAACCAAGCUGCCAAUACUAAGAAAGCCCAACUGAGACACGCCAAAGAGGCAGCACUGGCAACCAAAGAAGCAGCAAAACUGGCGGAGAAACAGAUGGCAGAGCAGCCCAGGGAGGAGGUGCAAGAAGACAACAUGUCCACCAAAAGUCAAACACACGACGGGCACUCGGGGACAGUUCAGCCCCAAACUAAGAAGAAAAGCAGCGUUGCGCUCACACAUGCGGAGGCCUCAAAAAAUCUAGCUGAUUCCGUGAUUGAAUAUCAUACACAUGGUCGCCCGAGUAACGAAAGGGGUCUAGAUCGACUUAAUGCACAAGACUCGCAACGUCAAAGUCUAAGCUUGAAGGGGAAAACGCCAUCGCAAAAUUCCGGUCAGGCACCAGAUGCAAAAAUGCAACGACGUGCUGUCGCAGCUGCCAACAAGCUAUCGAAAGAAGGCUACCUAUUACGUGAUGUCGUGGAACACGAUGGCAAGACAAUGGUCUCUGAGGGCCAAAACUUGCCAGUUUCUCGCAUCGAGAAUCGGAAAAAGGCAAUUACCCGAGGCAUCAAACUAUCGCCGGUGGAAGAAGCGACUGAGUUCGUCGCAUCGAUGAAGUUUCCAGCGGAAAUAGAAUCAUCUGAGGGCUUGAAAGACAGUGAUAAACACAUCAUGAGAAGAGCAUGGAACAUGGCGGUACUAAAAUGCAACGACAGCAUCAGAAGAGGCGAGAAGAGAGACUUUGAGGGAACGUUUGCACAUAGAUUGAGUCGAUUGGUACAGGACAAGGUAAAUGCUGGUUCAAUAUCAAGCCGAAAGAAAGAAACGGGGAGGCUUCUCCACCUGCAAGCAAGGCUUCGAGGCCGAGGCCAAGGAGAAGAACAUGAGGAUACACAUCGUCAGGCCGAUCCAAAGUUUCCGAUCAAGCCUAGUCAAGAGACAACACAGGCACCGGUGGUCCUGUCACCAGAGCCGACAGCUGCGACGGCAACGAAAGCGAACCCUUCACGACAAGAUACAUACCCUAUGCUGGAGAUAGCAGACACUGUACUAGAAAAAGCAGAGCCUCUACCAGAUACUAGCAUGAACAACGAUAAGCCAGCCCAAGGACUCUCAGACUCAUCGGAGAAAUCCCAUUUUGCAGAUGCUGCCAUCACAGAGAUGGGCGAUGACAAGAACAUACAAGUUCGCACCAAGGACGUUGAAUCAAUAGAAACAGAGAUUCUUAACUCGCAUAACAACAUAUGGCAAACGGCUGAUGCCGUAGAUACGUCAACAUCACAGCAGCAUACCGGACGCACAACUCAUGCACGCCAUUCUGCUACGGGAGGUCUGGCGGAGAAGCCAUCUACCGAAUCCGAUUUUUUCGAAUCGGACACGGACAGGUUCAUGUCGAACAUUACGCAAAACGAUUCAGAAGCGUCCGACGCCCCUCAACCGAAACCUCAUGAGGAAUCUGACAUGCAAUCUUCGGACUCCUGCCAGAGGCCAGAGGAAUCGUCCACCCCACUUGCAAGGAGGCUAUUCUCCAAACGUUCCAACCGAAGCACGCGUCGUCGAUCAAAACAAUCAUGAUUGUUUUUGCUCCUGGCCACAGGUACGCCAGCUGCUUAUUCACUAAUGUGUAUAUGUCGAUGUAUUUGUACAAUUUUGUCUGAAUGUAUGAUAACUCAGCGAGAGAUGCCUUUACAGUUGUAUAUUUAUGUUUAGAAGAGCACGUUUAAC